AUGGCCAGUUAUCACUACGGAAUGCCUCACUACCAGUCAGCUGCUCCCACGCACUCGAACCACUCCCACGGUCACCACGGGCGCAGUCGUCGUGGACCGAGAGUCAACUCUCAGAAUGCUCACCGCCAAUACAAGGCGCAGCGGAGUCCGAAGGAGGAGCUUCCACAGCCACCGUCGGCGACUGACUACCUUCGGUCGCUCGAGGCCGCCAAAGGCUUCGAGUUCGACGACGACGAGGUCUUUUGUCCCUUUAACCUCUUAACCGAGGACGAUUUGCAAUCCAUCCAUUCCUCGUCUGGUUCCGACCGUGGCUCGCUGUCUUCCGGCUCGCCUGAGAGCUCUCCGUUACAGCAACAGGCGCAGCCGACGCCCUCGCUCCUCCUCUCCUCCGUCCCCAACUCUUAUAAUGCUGCGAACUAUCAGCAGCACAUGAAGCUGCAUCAGCCAAUGGCGCAGAGGACACGCAACGCGAUCCCGAUCGUCGACCCCUCUACCCGCUCCAUGGCUGUUGCUAGCCCACCCAUGUCCGUCUCUCCGGGCCGACAGAUGCAGCAGCAGUACGUCUCCCGCAGGUGGUAG